AUGAAGUUGAAGAAAAUUACAAGUUCAGGAGAGCCUGAAUAUGACCUUGAAUAUAUCCAGCUUAUAUUUAAAGAGCAUCUCAAGAAGAGGCGAUGGCUACAGUCUUACACACGUGACUGUAAGACGAACUCCUUGGCAGGAGACCCAAAAGCGCAAAUACCUGGAAGUGGAGAUCAAGGCCCAAAGCGUCCCGAGUUGGCGCCCAGACAGCUUGUCCCGGUGCUGGCUCAGACGUUCCCACAGCAACAGCCCAGAGCGUCCUUCUACCCACAUUUCAUCCUGCACGCCCCGUACGGGCACCCGCCCUCCGGCGUCCUGGCUGCCCUGGCCGUGGUUAUCCGGGCGGCCGCCUGGCUCCUCCUUUGGGUGGCGACUGGGUUGACCUGCACGCCUGCCGCGGCCUUCACUGACCGCCCCUUCAACGUUGGCAUAAGGGCCACUUGUUCUGAAAUUAUUUUGAGACUAGAAGUUUUGAAAGAUGGUUUUCACAGAGACCUAUUAGUAAAAGUGAAAUUCGGAGAGAGCAUUGAGAAUUUACAGACCUGCAAACUCUUAAUUAAACAGUAUAUCCCUACAGGACUAUUUGUGGAUCCAUAUGAGUUGGCUUCAUUACGAGAGAAAAACAUAACAGAGGCAGUGAUGGUUUCAGAAAACUUUAAUAUAGAAGCGCCUAAUUAUUUAUCCAAGGAAUCGGAGAUUCUCAUCUAUGCCAGACAAGAUUCACAGUGCAUUGAUUGUUUUCGAGCAUUUUUGCCUGUGCACUACCGCUAUCAUCGGCCACAUAGUAAAGAGGGAGAAACAUUUAUUGUGGUCAAUAACCCAGAUUUAUUGAUGUACUGUGACCAAGAGUUCCCAGUUUUGAAAUGCUGGGCUCAGUCAGAAGUGGCAGCUCCUUGUUCUUUGAAGAAUAAUGAUAUCUGCCAAUGGAAAAACAUGAAGUAUAAAUCAGUGUUUAAGAAUGUGACUCUACAGGUUCCAGUGGGAUUGACUAUACAUACCUCAUUAGUAUGUUUUGUGACACUGCUCAUUACAAUCUUGUGUUCUACUUUGAUCCUUGUAGCUGUUUUCAAAUAUGGACAUUUUUCCCUAUAA